AUGGCUGCUUGCGUGCAGGGAGAUACCCUGGACGCGUCCAAAGACCCCUGCCUGAAGGUGAAGUGCAGCCCCCACAAGGUGUGUGUGACCCAGGACUACCAGACGGCCCUGUGUGUCAGCCGCAAGCACCUGCUCCCCAGGCAAAAGAAGGGGAACGUGGCCCACAAACACUGGGCGGGACCUUCGAAUCUGGUCAAGUGCAAGCCCUGCCCCGUGGCACAGUCGGCCAUGGUCUGCGGCUCCGAUGGCCACACCUACACGUCCAAGUGCAAGAUGGAGUUCCACGCUUGUUCCACUGGCAAGAGCCUCAGCACCCUCUGUGACGGGCCCUGCCCAUGUCUCCCCGAGCCCGAGCCUCCGAAGCACAAGGCAGAGAAGAAUGCCUGCACGGACAAGGAGUUGAGGAACCUCGCUUCCCGGCUGAAAGACUGGUUCGGAGCCCUUCAUGAGGAUGCCAACAGGGUCAUCAAGCCCACCAGCUCCGACGCGGCCCAAGGCAGGUUUGACACCAGCAUCCUGCCCAUCUGCAAGGACUCCCUGGGCUGGAUGUUCAACAAGUUGGACAUGAACUAUGACCUCCUGCUCGACCACUCAGAGAUCAAUGCCAUCUACCUGGACAAGUAUGAGCCCUGUAUCAAGCCUCUCUUCAACUCCUGUGACUCCUUCAAGGACGGCAAGCUCUCUAACAACGAGUGGUGCUACUGCUUCCAGAAGCCUGGAGGUCUCCCUUGCCAGAAUGAAGUGAGCAGGAUUCAGAAGCUGAGCAAGGGGAAAAGCCUGCUGGGAGCAUUCAUACCCCACUGUAACGAGGAGGGCUACUACAAAGCCACGCAAUGCCACGGCAGCACGGGCCAGUGCUGGUGUGUAGACAAGUAUGGGAAUGAGCUGGCUGGCUCCAGGAAGCAGGGCGCUGUGAGCUGCGAAGAGGAGCAGGAGACCUCGGGAGACUUCGGCAGCGGCGGCUCCGUGGUCCUGCUGGACGACCUGGAGGACGCGCGGGAGCUGGGACCGAAGGACAAGCUGGGGAGGCUGCGGGCGCACACCCGGGCGACAGAGGACGACGAGGACGAGGACGAUGACAAGGAGGACGAGGUCGGCUACAUAUGGUAGUGCCCACGGGGAAGAGGACACGGCCGGCACAGACUGCAAGUCACUUCCUGUUCCUGCAUUUGUAUCUAAGACUCCGUGGCACCAAGGUCUCUCCUCCCUGCUGCUCUCCAGCCGACCUCCGAUCCGGACGACUCCUGUUCCCAGAGCUUUCUGAUUGCGUGCACGGCUGUGUGGGAAGGAAGGUAUUGUUUGUGUUUAGACGGGCCUGGAUGCUAACUGAGAGCCUCCUUCCCUCCCAUGAGACUUGUCCAACGAGCAUGUGAUUGACGUGGGAUUCUGACGGUGCAGGGAGCCCUGCCCUCUCAACAUCAAGACCCUUUCUGACUCCCCACACCAGUGGUUGUACAGCAUGGUUCCCGCCUUACGGUGUCUAAGUGCUUUUCUUAUGUCUCGUAGAUGUCGUGGAAAAUACACCACACUGUCCUUUAUUCCCCUGCGCCCGCCGACCCUGCUGUUUGUUGCUAAAAAUUAAUUACUCCCAUCACUGUAUCUGGCUUCCUACAAACAACGGCCUUAAUUCAGUCAAGAAUCCUUUUGGGCAACUGGUUUUCUUUAUUUAAAAAUGGUGUCUGGACGCUUCUCUCUGUGUGUGUGUAAAUAUAUACACAUGGACAGAGAGACCGUAAGCCAGGCUCACACCCACUCAGAAAACUGUUUGGCUGUCUAUUAAAAAUGCAUUUGAAAACAAUGA